UUGCGGUCGCACAAGUCUCCGACCCAAACCCAACCGUGCUGCGCUUUAUUUCGAUCAUUCGCCUCAGCUUCGGACUUUUGGUGGAGAGAAAAGAUGGCGAUGACCGUCGAAGGCUUGCUGGCCUUGCUUUUAUGUUCUCGGCUAGCAUCUUAUUGCAAAUUCUGGCAUGUGCUUUAUACAACAAUUGGUGGCCUAUGUUAUCAGCACUCAUGUAUGUGCUAUUGCCGAUGCCAUGUCUGUUCUUUGGAGAUGGUUCAACACAUUUCCUGACUACCAGGGAAGGAGGGGGCUGGAUUAAUGCUGCUAAGUUCUUGACUGGGGCAUCAGCUAUGGGGAGCAUAGCAAUUCCAGCAAUCCUGAGGCAUGCCCACCUAAUCGAGACAGGAGCCAUGUUAAUAGAAUUCACAUCUUUCUUCAUCCUUGUUUGCACUGUUCUUUGUUUCCAUCGUGUUAGUCUUGAUGAAGACUUCUAAAUCUGUACUUGAGUCCAAUGACAGAAAAACACUAGAACCAUGUUCCAUGUAUCAGUGACUCUGGUCGACAAUGUACCCAAUUUUUAGCAGCCAGAGAGCCUGUUCAAAACUUCAUCAUCAAAUUAUCAUGGUGUUUGCAUCAA